CAGCGCGCAGAGGAGCAGUGAGAGGAGCACCUUGCGCGGCUCCUCCCCGCUUCUUGUAGUGUGCAGUCUCUUCUCUCUCUGCAGGCACGUCCAUGUGCGCAGGAGACGGAGUCGAGUUCUCCACGCUGAGCAAACGAUGAUCUCUUUCCGCUCCGGUGUCUGCUUUCCAAAGCAUCAGUGAUGAGAGGAAGCCGGAGCACAGACGCGCGCUUCUCCCCUGUGCGGACCGGCAGUGCGCAAAAGUGCGCUCUGUUCUUCAGCAUCACCAUCAGCACCAUCAGCACCUGAGAUCGACGCUGAGAUCCUGACCAGAAGCCCCGCUACGAGAUGUGCCGAGUACUGCUGAUGAUUUGUGCUCCUCCUUUUCCUGUUCAAACUCAGCGGCAGACAGACUGCAUUAACAAGCACUGCUCACUGCUCCCAUGACCACUGAGCUCAGGAAGACAGAUCUGGUCCAAGGCUAAACCACAGCAUCCUUUUGUUGCAUUCUGUCACUACAUCAGUGUCCACUUUCUCAAUCCAUCACCAUGGCUUGCUUCAUGGUUUCUGUCUUUCUUUUGGUUCUCCGAACAUAUACUGCCCCAUUUCACUUUGUCCAUGCAGAAUUUGACAUAACACUGGACUCUGCUGACCUUGGCGCUGGACCUUCAUCCAAUGUCUCUGGAGACGUGCCUCCAUCUCCACCUCCAGGGACGAGCAAACGAGCCCCACACAGCAUCAUUAUUGGUGUACGCAAAGGUGGUACAAGAGCACUGCUGGAAAUGCUUGACAUACACCCUGAGGUUGCUGCUGCAGCCACUGAGGUGCACUUCUUUGACUGGGACGAGAACUAUGCCAAGGGCUUUGAGUGGUACCGUGAGUUGAUGCCCUAUUCCUACCCACAUCAGAUCACAGUUGAAAAAACUCCUGGCUACUUUACAUCAGCUCUUGCACCGGAACGCAUCUGCGCGAUGAACUCCUCUAUAAAGUUGCUACUGAUCUUGCGUGACCCGGCUGAGCGGGUCAUCUCAGAUUACACCCAGGUGUACUUCAACCGACUGGAGAACCACAAGCCCGUGCAAGCCAUCGAGAACCUGCUAGUGAGAAAUGGAGUCCUAAAUAUCCGGUACAAGGCCAUUCAGAGGAGCUUGUAUGACAUCCACAUGCGGAACUGGCUGCGCUACUUUCCCCUGGAGCAGAUACACAUUGUGGACGGGGAUGCUCUGAUACACAACCCCCUGCCGCAGCUUCAGAAGGUGGAGCAUUUCCUCAACUUGCCACCAAGGAUAGUAUCCUCCAACUUCUACUUCAACCAGACCAAGGGAUUUUACUGUAUCCGGAGCGAUGGCAGAGAGCGCUGUCUGCACGAGUCAAAGGGGCGCCCCCACCCGGUGGUCAACAGCACUGUGCUCCAACAACUCCGCUCCUACCUACAGGAGCACAACCGAACCUUCUUCAGGCUGGUCAAGCGUACCUUUGACUGGCAAUAAGGAAUCAAGAUCAGACUCAAAGGAG